UGAAACUUCCAAAAAGUCUGGUCAAGAGAGCAUACCACAGGCUUUUACACCCCCCGUCACAUCAAAGCAAAUUUCUAAAAAAUAUGAUCGAAUUGAGAAUUAUUUAUAUCAUACAUUAGAG